AAAGGUGAUCAGCUGCUUCUUUAGCGUCUGUAGCGUACAUAUUAUACAUUGUAUUCUCUGUGUCUUUUGAUAUCCGUAAUUUUGCUACGUAUUAAAAAUACAUACAGUCAGUCUCUUAUUACGCGAUUAACAACGCGUGAAGUGUUUCAUGGUCCAUGAUGUUCGCGAGUGAUAGUAAAUAUUACAGAUCGGUCGAUUUUGCUGUAGAAACGCAGCGCGUCCUCCAUUUUCAACUAACAUUCAUGGCUCUCAUCGAUUUUUCAUUGAUUCUAUCGAUUAUCACGGUCAUCACGCGAAAACUCAUUAUUAAAGGUGAUCACUACGUGUUGCGGAGUUGUGCGGUUGAAAUAUUUGUGCACAAGGAUGAAAUAUAUUGCUGUUUAUUAAAAUGGUUCAACAAUCCAUACACGGAGAUGCUUGGUAACGGAUAUGCAGUAGCAAUGGCGCUCUCUAUAUUGGUGCAACGCCUAUCAUGGAUGUCAAAGGAAGCCGUGUCGAUCAGCUCGCCGAUUCGUGUGCGCCACGCGGGACACGUUAGCCGAACGCGUCGGUGUGUGCUGUCUGACACGUAAUGGGUGUUACUACUAGUAGCAUAAAUGCGUGUGAGUAUACAGUGACGCAAGAUGACAGUACGACGGACUGUCAGCACGUGAACGUGUCAACAGGAUAUCUUUGGCAUUUUGGAGAUUCCAUAAGAAAAUAGUUGGACAGUUUGCGGAAUGGCGCAUCGGCUGUAACCAUAAAAGUUUAAAAUUGAUGAUUCGGAUAUCGAAGCGUGGUUUUAUCGAGAGGUCGAUAUUUUAUCAACGACCGAUCUUGCAAAUUGAAAUUUCAACAGUAUAGCGAGAUAACGAUGUGCAUUCACAAUCGCAAGAAUCAAUCCGUACAACAAGUAACUACAGUGAUGCCAAAUUGGAGUUAUCGUUCCCGAUAAUUUUCCGUUAGUUUUACGUUUUUG